AUGCCCGCCCUCCACCAGCUGCGGUGCCGCAUGCCCGCCCUCCACCAGCUGCGGUGCCGCAUGCCCGCCCUCCACCAGCUGCGGUGCCGCAUGCCCGCCCUCCACCAGCUGCGGUGCCGCAUGCCCGCCCUCCACCAGCUGCGGUGCCGCAUGCCCGCCCUCCACCAGCUGCGGUGCCGCAUGCCCGCCCUCCACCAGCUGCGGUGCCGCAUGCCCGCCCUCCACCAGCUGCGGUGCCGCAUGCCCGCCCUCCACCAGCUGCGGUGCCGCAUGCCCCGCCCUCCACCAGCUGCGGUGCCGCAUGCCCGCCCUCCACCAGCUGCGGUGCCGCAUGCCCGCCCUCCACCAGCUGCGGUGCCGCAUGCCCGCCCUCCACCAGCUGCGGUGCCGCAUGCCCGCCCUCCACCAGCUGCGGUGCCGCAUGCCCCGCCCUCCACCAGCUGCGGUGCCGCAUGCCCCGCCCUCCACCAGCUGCGGUGCCGCAUGCCCGCCCUCCACCAGCUGCGGUGCCGCAUGCCCCGCCCUCCACCAGCUGCGGUGCCGCAUGCCCGCCCUCCACCAGCUGCG